GCCCGCCUCCCGGAGCCCGCCCCGCUUGCCCUUUCUCGCGGCCGGGCUGCUCUGUCUUGUCGGUCACCCUCCUCCUCCGACCCGCCUUCCUGACUCUCUUUCCCUCCUUCCCUCAGAGGAUGUCCUCCUUCCAGCUCAACCUCAACCCGCUCAAGGAGCCGCUCGGCUUCAUCAAGGUCCUCGAGUGGAUUGCUUCUAUCUUUGCUUUUGCCACCUGUGGAGGUUUUAAGGGCAAAACAGAAAUUCAAGUGGCUUGUCAUACUAACCCUGACAAUAAAACGAUUACAGCUACUUUUGGUUAUCCAUUCAGGUUGAAUGAAGCAUCAUUUCAGCCACCUCAAGGUGUAAAUGUGUGUGGUGUAGAUUGGGAAAGUCAUGUCCUUAUUGGAGAUUACUCUUCUUCUGCACAAUUCUAUGUUACUUUUGCAGUCUUUGUCUUCCUGUACUGCAUUGCUGCUCUUCUGCUCUAUGUUGGUUACACGAACCUGUAUCGUGAUAGUCGAAAACUUCCCAUGGUUGACUUUGUUAUUACUCUUGUUGCCACUUUUUUGUGGUUGGUGAGCACUUCAGCCUGGGCUAAAGCUCUUACAGAUAUUAAAACAGCCACCGGUCGCAAUAUUGUCCAGGAACUUCCGCCUUGUAAACAACCAGAAGUGAUAUGUCAUUUUGGCUCUGUGACUAGUAUGGGAUCCCUGAAUGUAUCUGUGAUCUUUGGCUUUCUGAAUAUGAUACUUUGGGGAGGAAAUGCAUGGUUUGUGUACAAGGAGACCAGCUUACACAGUCCCUCAAAUACUUCUACUUCCCAUAGCCAAGGAGGUAUUCCUCCUCCAACUGGAAUAUAAUUGAAGGGAGAAGUACACUGUUUGAAAUAGAUGUCUAUACUAUGACCUGUUGCCAACAUCUUGAGAAGCA